ACCGCUUGUAUAACUUCCUGCUCUUCAAAACCGAAACUUGAAAAGAAAACUCCCCGCCGCCAUUUCUUAUCGAUUCAUAUUUGCUGCGUGGAGAGCCGCAGGCCCCGUCUUUAGGAGCAAGAGGUUCUGCUUCAGGCAGACGGAUAAACGAAAGAAAAAAAAACUCGUCAGGAUUUUAAAGUCUGCACCGAAGCAGCGCGCGCUCUCUCUGCUUUCACAGGCGGUGCUGACGCAGAGUGAGCAGACAUGAAUGUCGCAGAGCUGCUUCUGGAGUAUCUGGAACAGCUGGAUAAGAAGGAUUUUGAGACGUUUAAGUGGCAUCUGAAGCAGCACAACCUGGAAGGCUACAAGCCCAUUCCUCCGUGUUAUCUAGAGGACGCACAGCGGACUACAAUAGUGAGUAAGAUGAUAGAGAACUAUACAAAAGACAUUGCUGUGACAGUUGCCGUGACCAUCCUGAAGAAACAACAAAUGAAUGAUCUUGCGCAGAAGCUGUCAAGCGCACAUACAGAAAAACUGAAUACUGUGUCUUCCACCACUUCCUCUUCUGGAACCGCGCCUGAAGCCUCACCUGCUGGUGUAGCUGAGCCACCUGCUGCUGUAGCCGAGCCAUCUGCUGCUGUAGCCGAGCCACCUGCAGCUGCAGGUGCAGGUCACUCAUUGGUAGCUAAGGAGAGAAGUGUGAUCUUUGCUCCAAUCAUCAGCAAUAGUGGACCCGGAACAUGGAACAUAACUCUUAGCAAAAACUAAUGAAACUGCUGCCUGAAACACAGCCUGUUUUUAGUGCUGCUUUACAAUGGGUUUAUUGUACUUUAUUUGACUUUCUCCUUUUUUUUCUGCAAUUUUAGUUUUAUUUUCAGAGGUACGAUCAUUUGUCAUUGUAUUCAAAUAGUCCAAGCAGACAAAAUCAGUGUUUAAGCGACUGUCGCCUCAUCGCACAAGUUCCUCAGGAAAUGAACAGAAACUCGCAGAGUGUGGUGCUCUUGUUCUGCUCCCAUUCUGUUGUAAUUCAACUAUCUCUUUUUCAGAGAGAUCCACUUCAGCCUUGGUUUAGUAAAUUUGUCUAUUUGGAUAUGCAGAUGUCACCUUUUUAAUUGUAAUAGAUGUUUACUGGGAUUCCCAAAUAAUGAAGUCUGAGAUGUCAACAAUAAGUGUUUCAAAAAUAGUUGGGUAUCUUCUGAAGGUAUGAUCGAACCGAAGGUUAUGGCCCUUGUGAAGGAUUUAUUUCAUGCUGACUUAAUGGAGCUUCAAUGGAAAUAAAAGCUGUUAUCUUA